GAAAGUCUGGAUACACACCCUGUUCUCUAAACAUCUUCAGUAAAUGUAUUUAAAUUAACUUAAAGGAAGGGAUAACUUUAGUUUUAGUCCAGUGACGUUCUUUUGUUGAAGGUGGGACUGAUAUUUCCACUGCUGGGCUUCAAAAAAGAGUAACUACAAAUAGUCCAUCGGUGCAUGUGUUAAAAUAGUCAGUCAUUUGGUUGCUGUUGAUCUGAUGAGCUUCAACACGAUAUAUGUUCUGCUGAUGUCGGUCAGAAUGGCUCCUCGUCUUCCUCUGAUCGUUCUGCUCAUGAUUCACGGGGUUUCUGGUGCUGAUUGGGGUGUGAGUUACAGUCAUUCACACAUCUGUGCACUAAAGAACUCAUCAGUGAUAAUGAGCUGCACUUAUACAUACCCUACUGGAUAUAAGAUCAAGAAAGUGUUCUGGACCAAAGGACCUGUAAAGGGUGUAGAGCCUCCAGAUCUGUCUGAGGACCCUGAAUACAGUCAGAGGCUUCAGUAUCUGGGAGAUAAACAGCAGAACUGCACCAUCAGACUGAGUCAUGUGACACAGAAAGAUGCACACAUGUACUAUUUCAGAUUCAUAACAAAUGUAACAGAUGGCGUAUGGCUUGGUAAACCAGGAGUGACUCUUACUGUCACAGAUCUUCAGGUGGAGGCUCCUGAGAGAGUGACAGAGGGAGAUUCAGUCCGUCUGACAUGUAAAAGCAGCUGCGCUCUGACUGACGGAGCAACAUUCAUCUGGUACAGAAACUCACAGCCAUUAACUGAGAGAAGAGACAGAAACAAUCAACUCCUGCUGCAGUCAGUCAGAAGAGAGGAUGCAGGCAGAUAUAGCUGUGCUCUACAUGGACACACUUACAUCUCUCCUGCUGUUCAGCUCAGUGUCACAUACCCACCAAAGAGCAUCUCGGUGUCCAUCAGUCCAUCUGGUGAAAUAGUGGAGGGAGAUUCAGUGACUCUGAUCUGCAGCAGUGAAUCAAACCCACCUGCAGAAAUCAGCUGGUUUAAAGGAGGAACGUUUGUAGGAUCUGGAAGAAUCUACAGCAUCUCAAAGAUCAGCUCUGAUCACAGUGGAGAAUACAAGUGCAAGUCCAGAAAUGAACAUGGAGAGAAAUACUCUGAUGCUGUGACUUUAAACAUCAUGUCAGUCAGAUGUUUCUCAUCUGUUGCUGCUGUUGCUGCUGCUGUUGCUGUUGGUGUUUUACUCGGUGGAGCAUCAGGUGCUUCUGUGAUGUACAUUUGCUGCAAGACACUACUGACUAGGCUGUGCCCAGGUCUCCGGAACCUGCGACGACGCUCAGCUCCAUCGGCCCUCCGUCUGCGCCUUCGGAUCCACCAGCUCUGUCUCCAUCAGUCGGCCCCCAGAUGUCGGCAGCCACACCAUCUACAUCUUGGCUCCUCCCUCCCUCGACUCCGCCGUGUGUUGUCAGCACUGGGAUGCUCUGGGUCUGUGCCAUGUGCCAAACACCAUUUAAGCUGCCAGGGCAUCAUCGUCAUCCUCUCAUCACCAUCCCUACACCAUCUCCUUGUCCACCUCCAAAACCCCUCCAUCCCUCCCUAUUCUGUUGCUUGAACUUUAUCAUCUUCAGUCUUUGCACACACAUCUAUUCACUUUACAUGUUUUUUUUUUCUUCAGAAAAUUGCAUUGUAAUUUUUAUUUAUUCAUUGAUGUAAAAUUCUUUACUUUUCAGUAAUACAGGUAUAACUGAAAUGUUCUACAAAUGGAUAAGAUGGCUCUUCCAUAGCAUUUCAGUCUUUUUUUCAUUUGUUUUUUGUAUAAUGUUUUAAAAUGUACUUGAGUAUGUUUGUAGUAAUAAUUUUUAAUACAUUUAAUAGUAUGUUUUUUUUUGUUUUUCACCAAAGUAUAUAUGCUGCUGUACUUUUUUUAAUGUACUUCAUGAAUAUUUGUAAUGUACACAAUAUAUAAUACAUUAACAUUUUCUAAAUAUCAAAGUGUGUAUAUAUUGAAAAAUAUAAUACUAAUAAAUAUAAUAUAAUAUACUAGUAGUGUAAUGCUAAUGCAUUUCUAAUGAGCUGAAAUACAAUUGAAAUGUACUUGAAGCACAUUAAAACGAUGCUUCAAAUAUACUCUACCUGUAGUUCAUGAAGUAUUAAAAGUACAUUUUAAAUGUAUUUUUAAAAAUACACUUAAAUUGCACUAAAUAUACUUAAAGUGGUUCCAAUUUAACACAAUUUCAAAAUAUUAAAUAUAUUACAAAUAGAUUAAAAUUGAACUUAAGCAUAUCUUGAAAUACACUUAAUAUACUUAAAGUUGUUUCAAAAUAAUACAUUUAAUAUGCAAUUAGUACAGUAUAAUAUAAAUAUAUUAAGUGUGUCUGAAAAAGCACAAUUUAAAUAUAUUUCUUUUUCACCUGGGUAUGUUCAUUGUGUUAUAACAGAGAUUUAUGAGAUCGCAAUGAACUGAGAUGUCAGCUUUUAGUGAUAAUAAAGGAAGUGCUGGUCAUUUUCUGCCAUGCCAAACCAUGCACGCCAUGCCGUGCUUGCUUUUCUGUUAAAAUUAACAGCGGUUUGUGAAUGUUGAUGCUUAGCCUAAAUAACAAAUAAUUUAUCGGGAGUGUUUAUUCUGGGAUGUUGUGGAGCUGAGGAGAUGUUACAGAACCAUUCCAUGUAAAUUUCUUCGAUGCACUGCAAAAAAAAUCUAUAUAGAUUACUUUUAUGCAGGCGGGAGCAGAAAGAAAUAUGAACAUCGCAGGCAGAAGCAGGACCAGAUAAUAUACAGGUGCAUCUCAAUAAAUUAGAAU